GCAGGGGGCGACACAGCCACUGUUCUCUGGCCUCCAGAUCAAACAGGAAGCAGCUGCGUCGGUAGCGUCCAGUGCAGCAGCGUUAGCAUCGUUAGCUUAGCUGUUAGCAUUGUUAGCUUGUGUGUGGUCGGUGUGUGUGUGAGUGUGUGAGUCUGCGCAGCAACAAUGUGUUCCGUGGAGCCUCUGAGAGAGUUUAUCAGAGAGAGACUAACUGCUGCUGCGGAGGAAAUCUGCUCCCAGCUGGAAAGAACCAUCGUCCGCUUCGAGGAGGAGAUGGACCGUCAGCGCAGACUGCUGGACCUCACCUGGAGAGCCCGAACCCACCAGAACCCCGCAGAUUUCCAGCAAGAUUUAAUCUGUAAUGAGAGAGAUGUUUUCAUUCAGCAUCUGAUUUCCAACCAGAGGAGGAGUUCUGGGCUGGACAACGAGGAACCAGAAUCUCUGCUGAUUAAAGAGGAGCCAGGUGAUCUGUGCUCUAGCCAGGAGGAAGUGCAGAUUGUGCUGAAGGAGGAGACCGACACAUUUAUAUUGAUCCAAACUUGUGAGGAACCAGACUGCAGUGAGUUGGAACCCAACAAAGACCGGACCCUCUCUGAAGACACCCUGGAAGCUGAAGACCAAAAUUAUGAAGGAUCCAGCAGCAACAAAGAGCUGAAACCAAAGCAUCAAGGUCUGAAAACUGGUGAACAGAAAGAGGAGAAAACUCCUGACAUUGAUCAUAAUCUGUAUUUCUGUAAAAUGUGCACUAAAGGUUUUACUCAGAAGCAUUACUUAUCUAAACACCUGAGAGUUCACUCAGGUGGAAAGCCUUUCAUAUGCCCAAGCUGUAGCAAGAGUUUUAAAAAUAAACUCAGUUUGAUCGUCCACAUGAGAAGCCACACUGGUGAGAAGCCGUUCCCUUGUGUGACCUGUGGGAGACGGUUUGCCCACCAGAUCAGUUUGAGUCUCCACAUGAAAGUUCACGCAGGUGAGAAGCCAAAUGAAUGCAAAGUGUGUGGCAAGUGUUUCCUCACCAGCAGUCACCUGACAUGUCACCUGAGAACUCACACAGGUGAGAAACCUUUCUCAUGCAUAUCCUGUGGGAAAGGUUUCAGCCAGAAAGAUAAUUUAAAGAGACAUGUGAAUAUCCACAGAGGGGAGAAGCCUUUUUCCUGUAUCACCUGUGAGAAAGCUUUUUAUCAGAAAAGUCAGCUAAAUGCGCAUCUGAAGACUCACAGCAGCGAACGACCGUUUUCUUGUGACAUCUGUGGGAAAGGCUUCUGUGACAGCCACGAUCUGUCCACUCAUAUAAGAAUCCACACAGGUGAGAAGCCUUUCCAGUGUCUCACCUGUGGCAAAAGGUUUAGUCAGAGAGGAAAUUUAACUAUACACUUGAGGACUCAUACUGGCGAGAAGCCUUUUGAAUGUUUAACCUGUGGCAAGAGUUUUUGUCAGAAAGGUAAUUUAACUGCACACCUGAGCACUCACAUCAGCGCCAGACCAUAUGCAUGUGAAACCUGUGGGAAAGCCUUCUGUGACAGCCACGAUCUGUCCACUCACAUGAGAACCCACUCAGGUGCGAAGCCUUUUCAGUGUCUCACCUGUAGCAAAAGUUUUAAUAAUAGAUUUAACCUGAUUGCCCACAUGAGAACACACACAGGAGAAAGGCCCUUUCAGUGUGGGACCUGCGGAAAAGGCUUCUGUCAGAGAGGGAAUUUAAACGUCCACAUGAGGACACACACAGGGGAGAAACCCUUCCCAUGUCCGACCUGCGGCAAACGCUUUCAGAGAAAAGGUAAUUUAACGGCACACAUGAGCACGCACAGUUAGCAGAGAGUACUUAACUCCACCCAAACACUCAGAAAGAGCCAGGAGGUGAGUUUUUCUGAAAGUCCUUUAGGCUACUGUUUCUGUAGCUUAAAG